CAUUGACUUAAUCUCCAUAGGCAAUUUUCCCUUAAAAAGCAUCCAUUAAACCCUUAUAAAACCACUAUCCUAAGCAAAUUCACGAAGACCCCCCCGGUCAUCCAAUCCAUCCCUCCAUUUACCCGGCGCCAAAACGCCCAUCAGUCACAUGCAUGUCUGCCGGGGGAGAACAUCUCAAAGAUGAGGGCACGCGACGACAAGUCGUUCUGGCCGGCGGAAUCGCGGGCCUAGUCUCACGAUUCUGCGUCGCGCCCCUCGACGUCGUCAAAAUCCGCCUCCAACUCCAAAUCCACUCUCUCUCAGACCCAACCUCCCACCUCCACAUCCAAGGCCCAGUAUACAAAGGCACCCUCUCCACAAUCCGAUCCAUACUUCGUGAAGAAGGUAUUCCAGGGCUAUGGAAAGGCAACAUCCCAGCAGAACUAAUGUACGUCUGCUACGGCGCGCUCCAAUUCGCGGCCUACAGAACAACAACCCAAGCAUUAUCCCAGCUCCCCCAUCGCCUCCCCCCGCCCGCCGAAUCAUUUAUAGCUGGCGCAACAGCCGGCGGCCUAGCAACGGCAUCAACAUACCCACUCGAUCUCCUCCGGACGCGAUUCGCAGCGCAGGGCACAGAACGCGUCUACACGUCGUUGUUAGCAUCGGUGCAGGAGAUCGCGCGGAGUGAGGGACACCGGGGGUUUUUUCGAGGAUGUAGUGCGGCAAUGGGGCAGAUCGUGCCAUACAUGGGGUUGUUUUUUGCGACCUAUGAGUCGUUAAGGCCGGUGAUGUCUGGGUUGCAUGGUUUGCCAUUUGGGUCGGGGGAUGCGGCGGCUGGGGUGGUCGCGAGCGUGUUGGCCAAGACGGGAGUUUUCCCGUUGGAUUUGGUGCGGAAGAGGUUGCAGGUGCAGGGUCCUACGCGCUCCAAGUAUAUUCAUCGGAAUAUCCCGGAGUAUCAGGGGGUGUUCAAUACCAUGGCGUUGAUCGUGCGGACUCAGGGGCUGCGAGGGCUGUACCGCGGCUUGACCGUGAGUCUGAUCAAGGCGGCGCCUGCCAGUGCCGUGACCAUGUGGACCUACGAGAAGUCGCUGAAACUUCUCCAAGACCUCGAGGUGGCGGCUGAGUGACGGCCGCCCAACCAGGCAUUAUUAGAUUGUACAGUAUAGUAUAGAAUGCAUUUUCUGGUUUUUCCCUUUGGUUUCU